GAGCGCACUCCAGAGACCAUUUAAGCGCGUCUGCCCCGCUUGAACGCAACAUUGUCAGACGAGAGGUUAGCGCGGUCGCAGCAACAAAGGACUAACAAAAUAGGAAGGAAGACCCGCAGGAAUAGAAAGUACAGAGGCCGGAAACGUGUUCGUCAGAUGUCCCCAGUCGUUGUGUGAUAAGUUUAGUUCGUGAUCCACAUCAAGAUUAGUGUCUCUCCACCCUCCUCGCCAAGUGAAGUGGAAGCGAAUUGAAGUGUCAGCUAUGGCCCACUCCAUCUGGCUGUUGCUGGUGGCCCUGCUAACCCUGGUGAACAGUCGCUCGAUCCGCCAACUGCCGAGCGGCUACUCCGGCGGGCCGCAGCACCAUCCACUGCUGCCCAACGGCUACUAUGGACAGCCGUUUGCCUACCAGGCACCCUAUGGAUACGGCUACCAGGCACCACCACCGGUAUUCAGUCCACCGGGCAGCUAUUACGAUAGCGUCUAUGGCGUCUACAAGCCUUUCCCCGGAGGCGGAAUCCCUGUUCGAAUAGAUUAUAACAAUCGCUGCUCGAGGAACUACGUGGGGAUUAAGCCACAUCCCGACCAGCAGGAGUACUACUAUGUCUGCCAGCCCAAUUGUGUGAUCUUUAGCAAGUGCCCGAAACUCGAGAGCUUCAAUACGAGCAGUGGUCGCUGCGUCCAUCGGGUCCAGCCACAGGCGCCCCCCUGUGUGAAGGAAGGACGGUUCGCCCAUCCGAGCGACUGCCGGGUCUACUACAGGUGCGACAAAAACGAGUCGUUACCGUGGCUCUUUGGCUGCCCGUCGGGGACCAUUUUCUCGCCAUUAAAAAAGAAGUGUAUUCCUGGCGACGAGUGCCCAUCGACAGAGAUCUCAAACAGCGGCAGCUAUAUACCCGUUAACUGCGAGAUCAAGUUCCCCGAGUGCACGGAAGAGGGCACCUUCCGGUCGCCCACCGACUGCGCCCUCUACUACACCUGCAAAUUGCAGGAGAGUGGAAACUAUCUGCAAACCCGCUUUAAGUGUCCCGGAAGCAACAGCUACGACCCGCAGCGAAGACUCUGUCGACCACAAAGUGAGGUCAGGUGCCAUGAUUAUGUUCCAGUUCCACAGGUUCCCUACCCUCCUCUGCCACAUUUCUACCCGUAUCCAGCUCCUCCUACCCUUUACGAGGAGGAUGACUAUGACACGGCAUCAGGAACAAAAGAACAGGGAAAUGAGCAGUCUGUGUUGCAGUCCGGAAAGGUCGACAAGCCGUCGGUGAAUGUUGUCAUUCUUCCCACGACUACUACAACUACUGCUUCCCCUCGAAUCUAUCCUUCCUAUGAAUAUCCACCGUAUCAGUACGGAUCCGAACCUGCAGCUGAGAGUCUCGUAGAGGAAGAUUCCGCCACUAUAAGAUCCAAGCCGUCAGUCAAUAUAGUCGUCUUUCCGACAACACCAAAGUACACCAGCAAGGGAACCACCAAAUACCAGUAUAAAAGAUACACCUAUUCUACAGCCAAAAAUAAUGAAGUUACCGAGGCACCGGAACAGAUGGAAACCCUCAAGGCUUUCAAGGGACAUCUGUCCGAAAGAAUUGUUAUUCUGCCAACCUCCUCCACACCCGGCGGCACUUCAAAGAGUACAACAGUGAAACGAGAGAGCUCCACCGAGGCACCGUCUAAUCCUACAAUGCCCACAACGCCUCCACAUUGCGUGCCGCCGGCUACACCAACUGCGAAACCAGCAACUACAUCCACGACCAUAGCUACUACUGACAAACCGGAAACGACCACACAGAAAUCGACAACAACCAUAACCACAACUCCAAAGCCAACAAAAACCACUCAAGAAACGACAACAGAAAAAAGCACCACUCAAAAGCCAACGACAACACGAAAACCGGCAACUACACCCACAGUUGAAACGACGACAACUCCGAAAUCAACUACAACGAUGAAGUCGACAACUAUUACAAGCACCACUCAGGAACUAACAACGACAACUCCGAAAACGACGACAAUUACAACCACAGCUCCUAAAACAACAGUGACAACUCCGAAAUCAACAACUAUUACAAGCACCACUCAGGAACUAACAACGACAACUCCGAAAACGACGACAAUUACAACCACAACUCAUAAAACAACAGUGACAACUCCGAAAUCGACAACUAUUAAAAGCACCACUCAGGAACUAACAACGACAACUCCGAAAACGUCGACAAUUACAACCACAACUCCUAAAACAACAGUGACAACUCCGAAAUCAACAACUAUUGCAAGCACCACUCAGGAACUAACAACGACAACUCCGAAAACGUCGACAAUUACAACCACAACUCCAAAAACAACAGUGACAACCCCGAAAUCGACAACUGCUACAAGCACCACCCAGAAACUAACAACGACAACUCCGAAAACGUCGACAAUUACAACCCAAACUCCUAAAACAACAGCAACAACUCCGAAAUCGACAGCUAUUACAAGCACCACUCAGGAACUAACAACGACAACUCCGAAAACGUCUACAAUUACAACCACAACUCUUAAAACAACAGUGACAACUCCGAAAUCAACAACUAUUACAAGCACCACUCAGGAACUAACAACGACAACUCCGAAAACGUCGACAAUUACAACCACAACUUCUAAAACAACAGUGACAACUCCGAAAUCGUCAACUAUUACAAGCACCACUCAGGAACUAACAACGACAACUCCGAAAACGUCGACAAUUACAACCACAACUCCUAAAACAACAGUGACAACUCCGAAAUCAUCAACUAUUACAAGCACCACUCAGGAACUAACAACGACAACUCCGAAAACGUCUACAAUUACAACCACAACUCCUAAAACAACAGUGACAACUCCGGAAUCAACAACUAUUACAACCACCACUCAGGAACUAACAACGACAACUCCGAAAACGUCUACAAUUACAACCACAACUCUUAAAACAACAGUGACAACUCCAAAAUCAACAACUAUUACAAGCACCACUCAGGAACUAACAACGACAACUCCGAAAACGUCGACAAUUACAACCCAAACUCCUAAAACAACAGCGACAACUCCGAAAUCGACAGCUAUUACAAGCACCACUCAGGAACUAACAACGACAACUCCGAAAACGUCGACAAUUACAACCCAAACUCCUAAAACAACGGUGACAACUCCGAAAUCAACAACUAUUACAAGCACCACUCAGAAACUAACAACGACAACCCCGAAAACGUCGACAAUUACAACCACAACACCGAAAUCGACAACUGUUACAAGCACCACUCAGAAACUAACAACGACAACUCCGAAAACGUCGACAAUUACAACCACAGCUCCUAAAACAACAACUACAACUCCGAAAUCGACAACUAUUACCAGUACCACUCAAAACCCAACAACUACAACACACAAAACGUCGACUAUAACAACCACCACAGUACAAACAACAACUACAACUCCGAAAUCUACAACUAUUACCAGUACCACUCAAAAACCAACAACAACAUCUUCGAAAACUUCGACUAUUACAACGACAACAGCUCAACCAUCAUCAGCACCAUCGACAAAAACAACAAGUCCCCAACCGUCAAGUACCACCACACUUCAAACAACGACGAAAAUGACCACCCAGCCGUCAACUAAGACAACUGCCAAGAGAACGACUGUGGAGAUCCCAAGCACGUCCACUGCAGCCAUUAGUACUCCGACGACCACUCCUUCGAGCGAGGAGACGACUGUAACAAAACCAGCCUGCCCUGAUCAUGGAUCUACCGAAGAUACAAAGACACACAUUGCAUGUACACAACAAAAUCAACUACAAGAACAAGAACCAAUACAAAGACCACAAGAACUCAAAAAUACAAACACCAACACCGAAUUAUCAAUAAGUAAGAAUCUGUUCGUUAGGGAGAAAGAUUUGCAGGAGCAUGUGGUAGCCCACAACUUCGUUUCCAGUGAACUGAACCUUGACUACAUGGAUGACGCGGCACUGGUGGAAGUAGACGGCAAAGCGGAAGUGGAUGCGACAGUCGACAAGCGCACGACAGAGAGUCCCACAGAGAGUCCCACAGAGAGUCCCACGACAAAAGAAUCCGCAAUGUCAACGAUGGCUGCGGCACAUCUGCUGGAGAAGCUGUUCCAUGUGAUAUCCACCCCUCCGCCGACCACCAUUCGCACUCCCACUCCUAGUGUGACCCUCGCCCAGCUGGCCAGGCAUAACCUGGCCACGUCCAAGCCUUUCAUUGCCGAGUCUCUGCGGCUAUCCAUCAAACAGUUGGCCUCAACGCACAAGCGCUCAAUUCAACAGAAGUCCGCUAUGAUGGUAGCGCUAAACUCUACGAAGGAGGAUCACGAAGACUCCGAAUAUUAUGACAGCGAAACAUCUGAGCUCUACGAAGAUAGAGCGAACGAUGUUGUAGAGAUGGAGACUACUAAAGCCAUGGCUAGCACUACCUCAGCCGCUGUGGUCCCGGCUCUGCCCACAUCCCCCCACCAGGAGCGGGUUGAAAGCACUUCCACUACGUCCAGGCCACUGCCGCAUCACUCUUCCACAACGAUGGCUAGUGAUUCGGAGUACGCGGAUAAUUAUGUGGACUCUGACUAUGUUAAUGAUGAAGCUCAGCCCUCGGGCUUAGAAUUGAGAAACGAUGUUUUCGGAGAAGCGAAGAGCUUGGACACAGAAGCACACAAGAGAAUGCUGAUGAGGCUUCUCAAAGAGAAGUUAACCCACCCACAAGAGGUCAAGAUGUCGACUACAACCACUGAAUCAUCUCAGAAAAGUUUUCUCAUGAGUCUGCUAAAAGACAGGCUUAACCUACCGAAAGAGUCCCAAAUAACAACCACAUCCACUGAAACGCCUCAAAAGAGUUUCGUGAUGACCCUGCUGAAAGAGAGGUUAAGUCGUCCGCAAGAGACUAAGACAAUAACGCGACCACUGCAGAAAAGUUUUCCAAUGAGCAUGCUCAGGGAGGAACCUUCGGAUCCAGAAGAGAUUUCCACAUCCACAGCAACACCUCAGACAUCCACAUCCACAGCAGCACCUCAAAUAUCCACUUCCACAGUGGCAGCACAUAAAUUGCCAUCCACAGCAGCACCUCAAAUAUCCACAGAAGCAGCUCCGACAUUCCCAUUCCCCAGCACGGGUACGAAUACGACAGCGCCUGCAGAGGAUCCUGCAAGAAAUUCGAGCAAUCUCAGCUCCGAGUAUUAUGAGGAUGAGGACUACGAUUCUCCGAGCGAUGCAGAGAGUGCGGACCAAGUGAAUGCCACAGAAGGAUCUGUUGAAGGCAAGAAGGACAUCGAACAACGGCCAGGCACUGCGAAGCGACACUCCGUCCUACCAGGGCCGCAAGCGAUCAGCACGAUUUCUAUUGAAAAUGAACUAGCGAUGAACUGGGACGAAGUCAAAAUGCAAUCUAGACCUGAGAAUGAUGGGUUUCUGCUUAAAGCGCUACCCAUUAGGGGAAAUCCUCUUGACAUUUCCACCGCUAGUUCAAUAAAACAAAUACAGCCGCCCUUGGGUCUGGGUGCAUCGCCAACAGAGGCUCCAAGAACCACACAAAAAUCAGCAAUAAUAAUAGAAAGCACCACAUUAGCAACAUCAACUACACCAAUUAGAAAAGAAAAAUCAAGAGCAGCUUCAAAAAUAGCAACAAGUGUAUCAACAAUAGCACCCACAACAGAUUCAACAUUAACACCAAUCACAAGCAGACGACCAUCAACAGUUGAUGACGAAAGUACAACAACACCAACAGCCGAAAAGGCAUCCACAAUACCACCAACACCUGAAAUCAGAACAGAAUCUGAAUCAGAAUUAAUCACAGCAACAAGACACAAAGAAGUCCUGAGAGUAAACAGCAUGCCUUGGCUGCUGGAGGCCCAGAACCAAACCGUACAUCUAACGCCAAUUUCCAUUGCCACUAAGUAUGGUAACCCAGUGACCCAUGAUGUUAAUCGUUCGUUCAACCCCUUAGUGUCUAAUCCUGGCGACUAUGCCACCGAAAAGGUGCCCGAGCUCAUCCUGAAGGUGUUUGAGCCCAUCGACUUGAAGAUUGUAUUCUGCCCAAAGUCCUGCGAAGAGGACCACGACCACAAAUAUGACCCAGCUGAUAAUUAUAAGAAGCCCAAUUGCUUGGGGAGCUGUGACGAUGACCAUCCACCGGCCCACCACAGCGUAGAUCUCAAGUGGAAGCCGCUGACGCUGAAGGACACCGCCAGCUUUCAAACCAUCACGUAGACUGGCAGCACAGAGGCCGUAAGCCUAAGCCUCCACAACAUUCGAGUUUGUACUUAUUGCAAUUCACGUAUUUAGUUUACUUUAAUUAUACUUAAUAAAUAAAUAAUAUUUUAAAAGAUA